AUGUCUGCAGUGGCUUCCGAAGUGGACUGUUACAUGCUAGAGCGGUACAGUCAUGGAUUUCACCUUUCUCUUAUACUUGGUUUCCAAGUUCCGUCUUCAUCUUCUUCUGUUCUUGAUUCCCCGCCCGGUAAGGUUGGAUUUUAUCUUCGACAUCUUAUGUGUGGGUUAUUGUUACCCCCGUCUCGCUUCUUCUUAGAGGUUCUUUGUUAUUACAAAGUUCAUCUUGUCCAGCUAUUUCCGAAUGCAGUGUCAAAGAUUGUUACUUUCGAAGUUUUUUUUUGCGUUGCUCAUGAAAUACCCCUUGAUGUUUCCUUGUUUUGUUAUUUUUAUCGUUUGAAGAAGUGUGGUGACUGGUUUUCUUUCAGUAGUCGUCACUUUCCUCUGUCUCCAGAUUUAGCUCGUCCAAAUGGGAACUGGAAAAAUGGGAGUAAAUGCUCCUUCCAGCUGACUUCUUAUUUGGCCGGUGAUAUCCCACCUGAGUCCAUUGUGGUGGAUGAGAUGGUUCCUGACCAAAAUAUGGACCAGAUGCCUGUGACACCCGAAUUUCCCCCUGCGCUCCCAGGUUUUGGGUCGAAUGCUUUCUAUAUCGAGCAGUUGUUGGACACAUCUUGCCCUGUUAUUGGUUCUGUACAGGUCGGUUCUUUUAGGUCCAUAGAAGUUGUGCCCCCUUUAGGUGUCUCUUCGAGCUGA